AUGCCUCCUAACAAUGCUAAAGAUCGAGAGGCAGUUAAAGUUUCAGUGCGUCUUCGGCCAAUGUCUCAAAAAGAAAUAGACUCUGGCUUUUCUAAGGUUGUAGAAAUCGAUCAAAAAAAUUCAACAGUCAGAAUCAAGAAUCCUCAAGGUCAAUAUAUUCAAUUUUCAUUUGAUUUUUGCUUUCCAGAGGAUGUUUCGCAAGAAGAAGUUUAUAAUGCAACAGCAAUGCCAAUUGUAAAUGGUGUUCUUGAAGGAUACAAUGGAACUAUUUUUGCUUAUGGCCAAACAGGUACUGGAAAGACAUUCUCUAUGGAUGGCAAGCCGACUGGUGAAUUGAGAGGUAUCAUGCCUCGUGCAUUUGAUCAUAUCUUCGAAUAUAUUCAAGCUAAUUCAGCUGACACAGAAUUUUUAGUUACAGUUACAUAUGUCGAGAUUUACAACAAUGAAUUGCGUGAUCUUUUAUCAGAAAAAUCCAACGAAAAAUUAAAAAUACGUGAAGAUCCUACUCAUGGUGUUCAAAUCAAAGGUGUAGCUGUUCACAAAGUUAAAGAUGUCGAAGAAAUACAUGCUUUGUUAAACUACGGUAAGAAAAACAGAGUUGUUCGUAAAACCCAAAUGAACUCCGAGAGUUCUCGCUCCCACUCCAUCUUUACAGUAACUGUAGAAACUCUUAAGCAGAUUGAUGGCCAAGAUCAUGUUCGUUCUGCCAGAUUAAAUCUUGUCGAUCUUGCAGGGUCAGAACGUGUAGCCAAAACCGGUGCAGAAGGUGUAGGAUUCACAGAAGGUGUCAAUAUCAACUACGAGCUUAUGAUUCUUGGUAAUUGUAUCGCUGCUUUAACAUCAAAAGGAAAUACUCACAUUCCAUACAGAGAUUCCAAGCUUACUAUGCUUCUUAGAGAUUCCCUUGGUGGAAAUGCUCGUACGAUGAUGAUUGCGGCCCUUGGUCCCGCAGAUUAUAAUUUCUCCGAAACAAUGUCAACAUUACGUUAUGCAGAACGUGCCAAGAAGAUCGAGAACAAACCAACAGUUAACAUGGAUCCAAAAGAUGCUUUACUUCUUCAAUUAAAGAACGAAUUAGAAGCAUUAGAAUCUCAAAUUAACCAAAAGAACCAACUGGAUGCACAAAUGGGUGCCACAGAUGAUGUCAUUGCCGCCAUGGAGAAGAAACUUGAAGAAGAACGCGAGGCAGUAGCGAAACAAAGCAACAUGGCCCAAAAAGAAAGAGAUGAGUUGAUGAAAAAGAUGGAACAAAGGAAGAAACAGAUAGAAAACGAGAAAGAAAAGAGAGAAGGAUACCAAAAGAAGCUAGAUGAGUUAAAACACGCUUUGGAAAACUCGAAUACUUCUCAAUUAAUUGCGAAAACAGCGCAAAACGAACAACAAAUCAGAGAAGCCAAAGCAAAACUCGCAGCACGUGAAGAAAAGGCCAAAAAGAUGAUGAGUGAACUUGCAGAAAGUCAGGCCAAACAAGAUAAAGUUAAUGCAGAAUUACAUUCAAUGGAACAAAACAUGGAAAAUGUCCAAGCCGAAUAUAAUCAAUGCGUUGAGAUAUAUAAGAACUUAAAGAUCAUGAUGCAAGAAGUUCCUAAGACAAUCAACGCUGAUAGAGAACAAAUGUCUGAGCAUCUUUUGAUGCUUGGAAAGAAAUCAGAUUUUUAUUCUCAAAUUGUUGAUAAUUUCAUUCCUGAAGGAGAUGUAAAGAGAAUAAAAGACAACGCUGAAUACGAUGAAGAAACAAAUACAUGGUCUGUUAAACCUAUGGAUAAAAAGAAGAUGGUUGCACAGGUAUUGGCCCAGGAAAGACCUAAAUCUGCUUAUGGAUGUCCAAGACCAAUUGCUCAGAUAAAUCAGGCAAAUAAAGCUUUGACAAAAACAUUCGAGGAAUCAAGUGUUGUAGUGAAUAUCCCUAACCCACAACCUGUUAAAAGUAGACUGAAGAAGGCCUUCGUGAAAGUCAGUCCAACUGCAAUUAAUCAUGCUGUUGAUGCUGCUUUCAAAGGUCAAAAGAAUGAGAUAACAAUUAAUGUCAACGAAAUUUAA